CACCUGCAGUACCAGAGCGGCUCCCAGUUCGGCUUGUUCGAGGAGAGCCUGCCCUUGCAAGCGUCGGCGCCCCGCGGCGUCCUCACGCCGCCCUCGUCCCCUCUGGAGCUGCUGGACUCCAAGCCCAAGCGAGGCCGGCGCUCCUGGCCUCGGAAGAGGACGGCCACUCACACGUGCACCUACGCGGGCUGCGGCAAGACCUACACCAAGAGCUCGCACCUCAAGGCCCAUCUCCGCACGCACACAGGUGAGAAGCCCUACCACUGCAACUGGGAAGGCUGCGGCUGGGAGUUCGAGCUCACGCGUCACUACCGCAAGCACACCGGCCACCGGCCCUUCCAGUGCCACCUCUGCGACCGGGCCUUCUCGCGGUCGGACCACCUGGCCUUGCACAUGAAACGGCACAUGUAGCCCGCGGGCCUCGCCUUGCCCGCC